UAAUAAGGUACCUAUGUAGGUAUAUGUAAUUGAGUACUUAUUAUAAUAAAUGUAUGAAUAAUUGCAUAUGUAUAUAGGUAUGUUACGACCAAAACAAAACACAUUGUUUAACCAAUAGUUUCCUUAGCAACGGAGCUUUUGAAAAUAAAAAUGCAGGGCACAAAUUGAAUUGAUUAAAAUAAAAACACAGGAAUUUUGAAUUUUUCGGCAGAUUAUUUGUAGAGGUAUUUGCUUAGUGAAGAAACAUAACAAGUAAAAUUUUAUUCUUUUGACUUAAUUGACUUUGACAUGCACAUAAAAUGACAUUAAAAGACGUAGUACUUGUAGGUUAUGUUAUCUUUGAAAAAGAUUAAAAUGUAAUUAUUAACAUAAGUUAAAGAUUUCCGUGUUGAAUUUUCAACCAUGACAACGUCGCCAACUAAGUCCAAGCAAAAGUUAUCACUUCGAAAACGCCUCUUCGUAAAGAAGUCUCCUAAAGUUGGUUGCUAUGUUGAUACGGACUUAAAUGAUGAAUGUAGUCCAGGAAUAUCUCGUCCUAUCUCACCAGCGGAUCCUUUCUUAGCACAGAGCGCUCACAAUGCUGAUACACAAUCUGACCCAGCGCGGAGCCAACAGAAUUCCCUUACUGAGUUAGCUCACGGUACUAACUCUAGCCACAAGUCGGACCACUCUCACAACGACAGUGAUAGCAACCAAAAAUGUUGUCGUACAUUUUUUAGACGGUCCCGUCCUAGAAGCCUUGUCGAAGGUCAACCUUCCAGAGAGGAAUCACAAUCUAAACCAUGUAGUCCAGUAAACAAUUCAAAUAAUAGUUUAAGUGAGUCAAAAAGUGAAGAAAUUCCUAAGGCAACUAUUAAGUUUCCUAAAAAUGAUGAUAAUAAAAAGUUUUUUGAGCAUUCUGGUUCCUUUGAAGGUAUUAAGACAAAAAACAAGUUAUUUGUUAAAAGACUCUCAGCUGACCAUUUAAUUUCUAAUGAUUCCAAGCCACUCUGUCGUUCAUCAUCUCCUGAAAGUGAUAGAAGUAGUUCCUUAGACAGGAAAAGAAGGAGCAAGUCAACAAUCACAAGGUCGACGUCUCGCGCCGGCAGCACUGACAGCCUGGCCAGAAACUCUCUACUUGCCGCUCAGGUGCUACGUCUCAUACCCACACAGGAAGCUAGACAAAGGAAUUACUUAUAUGGCAGACUGGCGUCCCACUCUUUACUUGGGGCUGCUGAGUUGGAGCAUGUCUUUCCAGAUAGGGAAGUCAAAAUAUUUGUGGGCACAUGGAAUAUGAAUGGACAAGCCCCACCUAGGGAGCUGGCUGACUUCAUAUUUCCCAAUCAAGUGAAACACGUUCCCGACAUAUUUGCAAUUGGAACCCAAGAGUCUUACUCUGAGAGAACGGAAUGGGAAGUUACCAUCCAAGAAGUCUUGGGACCAUCUCAUAUUUUAUUGCAUUCACAUUAUUUAGGAACACUCCACUUGACAGUGUUCGUACGUCGAGACCUAAUAUGGUACUGUUCCCUUCCUGAAGAUGCCAACCUCUCAGUGCGUCCUGGAACAGCUUUCAGAACGAAAGGAGCUGUUGCCAUCUCUUUCGCUCUCUUCGGAUCUACCUUCCUGUUCGUCACCGCGCACUUGACGGCUCACCAGGAAAAGGUUAAGGAAAGAGUCUCCGAUAUCAAGAGGAUCAUUAGGUCUAUUGAUUUGCCAAAGAAUUUGCCCUGUCGACAUAGGAGUAAAGACGUUACGAGUAACUUCGACUACGUGUUCUGGUUCGGCGACCUGAACUUCCGCCUCGGGGAGCCUCGGGCCGCUGUCUUGCGCUGGAUAGAACAGACGCAGUUUCCGCUUCCGCCGUACCUCCCCCACGGCCUGCUGCACGCGGACCAGUUGACGGCGGUGUUAGAAGACGGCGCCGCUUUCAGAGACUUCAGAGAAGCCCCAAUCACGUUUCCUCCUACUUACAAGUACGACCCCGGCAGCCAGCAGUUCGACACGUCCAGCAAGCAGCGCGCGCCGGCCUACACCGACAGGAUACUGUUCAAGUCCAGGUGCACGCCCAAUAGCGCGUCCGCAUUCUCAGGGCUGCGGCGGGCCAGCAGCGCGCCGGCGUCGGGGCUGCAGUGCGUGGCGUACAACUCCGUGCAGUCGCUCAGCUGCAGCGACCACAAGCCCGUGUGGGGGCUGUUCUGUGCCGCGCUCCGCCCCGGCACUGACGUUGUCCCUCUAGCGGCCGGCCUGUUCAACCGCGAGGUGUACCUGGAAGGGAUCAAGCGGCGCCGAGCGCUGCUCGACCACGCGCCCGGCACGUCCGCGGUGUGUACACUGCAAUAACAUCUGGUACAACAGAUCCUAGCGGCAAGCCCGGCUGGAGACUGAAGUUUCGCGUAAUAGUGAAAAUACACAUGCAAGUAAAGUCCAAUCUAGUGCGCUGUACCUGUAUCUCCGCCAUAUAAUGUCGGAGCAUCCAGUCCGCUAAAGUUAAAACCUUGUUUACACUAGCUCAACUGUGAGACUAUACCUCACCCCGCGGAAUACAGGAGCGCGAAGGCAGACCAAAAGGCUAUACAUAAAAAGCACUAUGCACCUUCCAUUAAAAAGAUUUUAAGAGUGCUGGUUACAUUAUUAUCUAUAGUUCUAUAGCUUCAUAUAUCGAUAUGGGAUAUGGUCGAAAUCUCGAGUUCAUUUGUCCCCAUUCCCCCGCACCCCUGUACCUCGUGGUCGAUAACUCAAUCAGGCUGUCUAAAUAUUAACGCACAAUUAUCAAGAUGUCUCAGUCAAUUUCAUGGACGUAGUGAAAUAGUACAUCGUGUUUCUCAUGUAAAUUGUACUGAGCAAUAAAAGCAAUCAAUAUUCCUUAGUGUAAACAAAGCUUAACAAUCGGGUGCGUGAAUAAUAACAAGAAAUGAUAAUAGAAAAUAUACAAAAAUAGAUUUAUCAACGUUUGAUAUAUUUUAUGACUAAUACGACAAAUCUUUGGUUUUCUCUAGUAGUUUGACGAUUUACAAGUUCGACCCAUAAACCCACUAACACAUGCUUCGCACGUGUUCACCUGUAUGUGAUAUGCCAGUGUGCAUAAUAAAACGUUUUUACAUACAUUUUGUCAAUAGUGUCCGACUUGUGCCGUUAUACUAUAUCAUUGAUAAUAAUAAUGCAUGUUUAUUUAUUCGUUAUAUUGGUAACAGGACGGCAGUGGGACACCUGAUAGCUCUAAAUAAAUAAUAAUGUUAUAUUACGGGCAGAAGUCAGGACUCGUUAAAACUAAAUAUUCUUGGAGGAAACCAAAGAGUACGUGAAACAUUUGAUCACUAUAUUGAUCGUUACUCUGUUUCUAUCUACUGGAUUUUACAUGUGUUAUCUGCACAUGUAAAAUCCAGCCUACAGUUGUAUGAUUUGCAUGUGUUGUCUGCAUUAUAAAAGUUAAAUCUAAAUUUUUUAAAAUUUUGUCGUUGCAUUCAUAAUAAAGAGUUUCGAGGCUGCAGUUCGUGUUUGUAAUUCGAUAUCUAGGUACUGCCGAAACUUUUCGCAGUAAGACGCAGCUAACCAAUCACAGUAUGGCCACAGUUUAAUGAGAUUCAUAUAGUUUUUUGACGGCCUUGCUAAGCGUUGAACAUGCAGUCAGGGUUGUUACAAAGUAUGAAAGCAAGUGAUACUAUAUCUGUAUUUAUUUUUCCAAAACAGCUCUUUAUUAAGCUGCGAGGAGCAGUCCUCCCUCCCCGCACCUCAGCACCCACGAUUGCCUGCGUUCGAAAUUCGACUAUGAUUUUUAUUGCAACAGUCGAUAUCGAUUUGCAAACUCCUAACUACGGCCUUCAAUUGAUUGAAUUAUUAUAAAUUUCAGCUAAAUGUCCUAUUUACUAUUUAUUUAAUAUGUUGGAUGUGAUUGGAUGUCGUAAGCACAAUUGUUAAAUUAUUUGUUUUAUUUUUUAAAAGCCAAUUAAGACCAUAUUUACAAAAAUACCUAGUCAAAGACACAUGUUGUUGUAACUAAAUAGGUAUAUUUUUAAAUUUCAUAUUCGAGAUCAUUUGAAUGUAUUUCCUUCGAUAAUGUCUAUAUGCUAUUAGGGACAGGACGAGUUACAACUAAAUUUUACAAUUUACACAUUCUAGAAGUACAAAAAUAACUUAUUAUUAUUUAAUUUAACGCACACCAAAGCUGAGCAGUAUUUGAUGAUAUUUUAUUAGUUAAUUUUAUAUUUAAGUACCUAUUUAUUUUAUUAUUUAUUUUUAUUCAGGUCCUAAGUUAGUAUAAGUUUUAAAAAGUGCAAUGAAAUUGAAAAGACAUAGUAUUAUUUUGCUGCUAAUUUACAUUUACAGUACAAAGUGCUCAUUUUAUUUACCAAAAAAGACAAAUCUAGUCAGUACGGAUGGUACGAGUCAGACAACUUAUAUUAUAUUAUUCUUGUGGAUUAUCUUAAAAAAUAUAUCUCGAAUAUACUUUAAGUAGCUAUUUCGUACAACUAUAUAGCUAAUUAUACUACGUUAAAUACGCUUUUGUUGUGACGCUUAUAUAUGCAACUGUCCGCUUCUUAUUCCGUCGCUUCGUAUGUUCCUUUGGAAUAAAAAAUAGAGCUAUAUAUGUAUUGAUAAUAUGGUAAAAUUUCACUGUUCGAAAAUUGUUUGUAGUAUCGUCUAUAAGGAGUAGAAAAUAAAUGGGAGCGCUGUGUCCUCUUGGCUGGCAACACCGGGUGUUUUUCAUCCAAUCUUGAUCAUUCUACGGUUAUACCAAAUGGUAUAACCGUAGCAAAAAUGUAGUUCAUUAAAAAUUUCUACUCGUUAUAGACUGGCUGUAAAAGCGAGCCUUAUAUAUUAUGGAUUAGAUAUAAUAUGGAAUUUAUAUACUUGAACAUUUCAUGCCUUAUCCCUGUGUUAUAUUAUCAUCUUGAAAUGUUGUGAACAUUUCAAUAGGUGCUGUGAUUCUACACUGUUUCUAGUCUCAUAGUGCAUUCCAAAACAUAUAUGUAUGAAUCUAUAUCAAUUUAUAUUACAGUUGGAAAUCCCACGAAGUUUUUUUGAUAAGGUCACUUUGAAAACAUCAGGUUUGAUUUUCGAUAAGACAUGAGUCAAUAAUAUUUUCUUGAAGACAAUAUCAAUUUAGAGUUAUGGAAGAAUAUUAAAUUUGGCGGAAAUCCGUUUACCGCCAAAUAAACAGUAAAUUACCGUUUCCAUUACUGAAUGGAUUUCGUGAGUUAGGCCAAUUAGUGAUAUCGUGUGGUUAUGUUUACUGAAUUAAGCCUAAUUGUCAGAAAAGAAUAAUAAUGUUUAAACUUUUCAUUGGGCAUUGAAAAUGACUUGGGAAAAAUGAAAACUGAAUUGGGAUACGAUAUAGUGAUUUCUAAAAUCUAACUUAGUGCCUAUUAUUAACAGACAGUCUAAUCUUCUAUACAUUGUUGUAAACCUUGUUAUUGUUAGAAGGGGCCUUCCUUCAUAACAAAAAAGUCGGGUACAAUGUAGCAGAAAAGAGUAGAAAAAAAUGGAAAAAUUGAAUUGAUCGAAUUCGUCAUUCAUUUCAUCGCCUAUCUAAAUUAUGUCAAUUUGUUUUCUAUUCUUUUGUUUAAGAACCUUUAAUUAUAUUUUAAGGUAGUCUCACAAUUAUGAGAUACUAUUGAUUUUGUGUUAUUUAUUGUAUUUUAUAAUAAUUUAAAUUUACUAGUGUGUUUUUGUGAAGUGAAUUAGAAUAGAAUUCAACAAAUUUGUUAU